AUGGCAACCCAAUGUAUGGCCUCGUCCAAGGUGGCCUUGCCUUCGUUUCUCCGAAGAGUUUUCCAAUCUGAGUUCAAUUCCUGUCAUGGACCUCGCUCGUCUCUCAACCUCCAUGGCUCCCGUUCCUCGAAACAGCUGCCACGACGACCUUUCUCCUCCAGUGUUAGGAUUCGCCAACUCCAGAUAACUCCAUCUCCCGAAAUCAUCGCAACAUCAGCCCCAUCGUCUUCCGCCCCUCAGCCCUCUCCUCCUGCGACAACCUCCUCACCCGCCGCUGGUUUGAGUUCGAGUCCCAGUACGAUCGCGGAAUCACCCUCCGAUCGAUCCGGUCGCGUCGGGCACAAAUCGGGCUCUACGAAAGGGAGGGCGGGAAGUAAGUCAGCGAAGCGGGAUUCAGAACGAACGAUCUCGGGAAAGGGGAACAAGGCAGAUCAGUCCAAGUCGGUCCCCAAGGUCAUGUUGAAGGCGGAACCCUGGCGGAUUCAAAAAGAUGCCCUGGAAAAGAAAUUCCCACAAGGGUGGAAUCCUCCCAAGAGACUGUCGCCUGAUGCGCUUGAGGGUAUUCGACAUCUACAUGCCACCGCCCCGGAACAGUUCACGACCGCCGUCCUGGCGGAGGAAUUCAAAGUCUCUCCGGAGGCCAUCCGCCGUAUCUUGAAGAGCCGGUGGAGGCCAUCCGAGACGGAGGCAGAGACCCGUCGCAAGCGAUGGGAGAAGCGCCACGAACGAAUUUGGAGUCGUAUGGCUGAGCUCGGUCUUCGGCCAUCAACUAAAGCUUCCCGCCCAUACUCCGAUGCCAACACACUAUACAAGCCGGGAGAGAGAGAGUUCUAG